CCACCUCCCUGUAGGUGCGCGCUCCGCGCUCCGUUUGCUGCGGCCAGAGGAGGAAACAGCAGGAAAAGCAGGAAGAAGGAGGGCAGCAGGGAUCAAGCACGUGCCUGGUGAUGCUGGGAUAGUGGGACUGAAACCAAAAGAGAAGCACCAACAGGACAGGAUGUUUGAGCCUAGCCACGUCGUUGAGGACACUGUCAUCAUGACAGAAGGGCCUCAGCAGAGCAUCCCAAUCGUGUCCGUGGAGACUGAUGAGAACGGGACCAUGCGCCGCGCUGAACCUACGAUGAACAGGAUGGUGAAUAAGGCCACCACGCGUACAGUCAUCCCGUCGCUGUCAGAUGCCAUGUCCCUGGAUGGGAUGGGCCCCUACCCCGGGGGGUACAGGUCUGCAGGCGGCCCGGGCAGAGAAUACCCCACCGCCACUGUGCCUCGCAACUACCAGUACAACCCGGCCUCCGACGCCUACUCCAGCCUGAGUCGUGGGUCGCACAUGGACCCCCGCCACAGGCCGAUGGAUGGGUACCGCACGUUGGACCCGGCCUAUCGUGUUCCGAGCCGGCAGCAGCUGGACCCGUACGCGGCGCAGCCCCAGGUACGAGUGGGCAGUUCUAUGGAGCUGUCGGGCAUGCAGAGAUUUGUGGCCGAACCCUAUGGCUUGGAGGAUGACCAGCGCAGCCUGGGUUACGACGAUCCUGAUUAUAGCAUGGGGCCGCCCAUCCACUACGGCACUGCCCCCCGGCUGGGCAAGGGCACCCCCCGCAGGGUUGGGAGCUACGAGGUUCUAGAUGGGGACAUGUAUUACUGGGGUGCAGGAGCACCGCUGGCCCAGGGUGAGAGGGGCAGCAUGGCGUCUCUUGACAGCACCCUACGCAAAGCCCCGCCCACAAGCUGGAGGCAGCCAGAGCUGCCAGAAGUCAUUGCCAUGCUCAACUACCGGCUGGACCCAGUGCGCAGCAACGCCGCAGCCUACCUGCAGCACCUCACCUUCAAGAACGACAAGGUGAAAUCGGACACACGGCGGCUGAAGGGCAUUCCAGCCCUGGUCUCCAUGCUGGACAGCUCUAACAGGGAAGUGCACUGCUCUGCAGCUGGAGCUCUAAAGAAUAUUUCUUACGGCCGCGACUCUGACAAUAAGAUCGCCAUCAAGAACUGUGACGGUGUUCCGGCUUUGGUGCGCCUGCUCAGGAAGAUCAGAGACCAGGAGCUCACUGACAUCAUCACAGGCACCCUGUGGAACCUGUCCUCCCACGAUUCUGUGAAGAUGGAGAUUGUGGACCAUGCCCUGCACGCGCUCUCUGAUGAGGUGCUCGUUCCCCACUCCGGCUGGGAGAGGGGGGGUGAGGCUGCUGCCAGUGGCAGAGAGGAGAACUGCAAGCCGCGGCAUCUGGAGUGGGAGACGGCGCUCACCAACACCGUGGGCUGCCUGAGGAACGUGAGCUCAGAGCGCAGCGAGGCCAGACGCAAGUUGAGAGAGUGCACAGGAUUGGUGGAUGCGCUCAUGUACAUCGUCCAAUCCCAGAUUGACCGGAAAGAUGUGGACAACAAGCUCAUAGAGAACAGCGUGUGCCUGCUGAGGAAUCUCUCCUACCAAGUCCACCGUGAAAUUCCUGGGCAUGAGCGCUACCUGGAGGUGGCGCCGAUGCAGCAGGGAGGUGCCCCAGGCUCCUCCCAAAAGGCCAGCUGUUUCGGUUCCCGGAAGGGCAAAGACGAGUGGUUUUCUAAAGGCAGGAAGGAUACAGAGAAAUCGGCUGAGGAUGUCAUCGACUUCCCCAAGAGAGCAACCCCUGCCAAAGGCUAUGAGCAGCUGUUCCAGCCAGAGGUCGUGCGGCUCUACAUCCCGCUGUUGAAGGAGAGCAAAAAUCCCGCCGUGCUGGAGGCUGCAGCCGGGGCUCUGCAGAACCUGUGUGCAGGUCGCUGGGCCUACGGGCGGUACAUACGUGCCAUGGUGAGGCUAGAGAAGGGGCUGCCCAUCAUGACAGAGCUGCUGAGUCAUGGCAGUGACCGCGUGGUGAGGGCCAUGUCUGGGGCCAUGAGGAACCUCUCCUUGGAUGCCAGGAACAGGGAGCUGUUAGGGAGGCACGCCGUGCCCAACCUGGUGGCAAACCUGCCGGCUGGAGGGCAGCAGCAGCCGGCACGGGCUCUGUCAGAGGACACCGUGGUGUCUGUGCUUGGCACGCUGGCUGAGGUGAUGAGCUCUGGUGUGGAGGCAGCCAAGAGCCUACGUGCUGCUCAAGGCAUCGAGAGGCUCGUGCUCAUCAAUAAGGACGGGAACCGUUCGGAGCGGGAGGUUCGUGGAGCAGGCCAGGUUCUUCAGAUUGUGUGGGGAUUUAAGGAGCUACGGCGCCCUCUAGAGAAGGACGGCUGGAAGAAGACCGACUUCAUGGUGAACCCCAACCCUCCAGGCACUAAGCGCAGCAAUGGGGGCCACGACGACAGCACCCACCCUCUCAUCGACAGGAGUGAGCGGCAGGAGAGAGAUGCAGACAUGAUUCCACUGGAUGACUUGGGUCCUGAGGGUUAUUCAACCCUGGAUGACAGGGCACGUAGGAACACCAUGGACUCCAUGGACAUUUUAGACAAAGAUGCCAUCCAGGGCGGGCUGCAAGAGGACCCAAAAAGCCCCAUGCCUCUGGUUGACUCCUAUGAUGGUUAGCCCCCACCAUGCCCCCCCCUCAUGCAUGACCCUGCAUGCACACACACACAGACUGACCCUCUGCACGAACAGGAGGGACCAUCCCAUCCCUACACGCUGAGCCUCUCGGAUGCAAACCCGCCAGCCCCAAAUUCCUCAUGCUCACAUCCCACUGCGCCUUUAGUCUUAACGAGCAGCUUUUUCCAAAAGAAGAAAAAUAGCUCUUGAUUUAUAAAUGUACAUUGGAUUAGUUUUCAGUAAAAAAAAAUGUGUUUGGAUCAUGCUUAAUAGAUGAUGCUUAAUGGUUUCUACUGUACAGAUUAGAUUAAUAAUGUAUCUAUUUAUGUAGGGCUGGUGUACUUGGUCAGUAUGACGGCGUGUGAUUUCUGCGCUUUGACAGUUAAUGUGAUGGCCUGCAGGCUGGGCACGAGUCCCCUGUGGUACGGUACCUGUAGCGUGGCGUGUGAGGGGCGGUGCGGCCAGACAGCUGGCCGUUUAUAACAGGGCCACAUAGCGCCUGCGCACAAAGCCAUUAAAAGCUUUUAUUAGUCUGCUUCCUUGGUAAUCCUCACAAAUUUCUGUAAAUAAGAUGAGAACUUUAUUAUUGGGGAGUAAAUAUUUUGUCAUUACGCAGAGGAAUUCCAACAGAAUAUCACAUAAAUGAGUUAAUCAAUAGCACCCCCUGCAGGUCAUGUUAUAUCGAACAGCUGGGCUGAUGCCCCGGCCGUGCAGCGUGUUUGCAUACUGCCUACACUCUCCUGCUAACCAUAGCUGCUUUCUCUUGUGGUUUAAAAGUCACUUUAUAGAAAUGAGCGUUUCAUUGCAACUCUACAUCGUAGCCAAAGUAGCUGGUUACAGAUGUCAGCGUGAUGGCAGCCAAAGCUGUUUCCCACUCCGGUCCUCGGACUUAGCAGAAAUGUGGACUGUGUGGCAGGGAGCUGGGAGGGAGCAAAAAUGUGGACCCUCUGUGGGUCUCUGAGAACCGGGUUGAGAAACACUGUAUUAAACACAUACAGACAGUAAGUGUUUUUCAUUGUUCCAAUUUAAAUAUUGUGUUUUUAUAUUAUAUUUUUGGGAUUAUGAUUUGGGAACCAUUUUGGGAGUGGUAAGUAAACUGAUAUGCAUUUAAAGUACAUUUAGCAUUAAUUUCUAUAAGAAGAAAAUAGAUUCCUUUUUUAAAAACAUUGGUCAAUGUCAAUUCUCAAUACUAUACCUUGGGAUCAUCGUCUCUUUGCUUGAACCUUAAACGUGUUUCUGUUUUUUUAAUGAAAGGUGUAACUAGCAAUACUUUUUUAAAUAAAAUAUUUUCAGACAACA